AGUCAAGGUUGCGCUUUCGAGCCUGAACGAGUCAAACUUCCAAAACGUGUAUCAGACUACAGACGCGUUGUUUAGGCGCGCGCACACGAUGAGGAACCGUAAAGUCUGGAACCGUUAUAUACCAGUCGACACAGCUGGUGGACCGGUCUAAGCGGGUGCAGACAUGGACAGCUUGGGAAAGGCAAAGGUCGCCGCUGCGUCGACGGCAGUUCGCGAGAGCGAACGCGCGGCCAUGACCCCGUCGCUCCAUCGCGUGGCGUCGCCGAGUCCAAUAAAAGUGAAGAAGAGGGAGGCGCAGAAGCCCCGACUCGACGUCACGGCCGCCUCUGUGGGCGCCCUAAGGCUGCCCACGGAGCUGUUCCAGCUUGCAACAUCCCGAACACUUGCUGCUUCCCAUGGCCAAGCGGACCUUGUGCUCAGCAAGGCCCUCGAUGGCAUCCAAGCAGCGGCAACUCGCCUGGAGGCGGAGCGCACACGGUUGGUCAUACAGAGCCAGGAGCUACAAAUCUGGGACAUGGCGCGGGAGGAAGAGCUGGGUUUGCUCAAGGCAGAGAAUGAGCAGCUGGAGCAGCAACUGCUCGUCGUCAGUGAGAAGAUCAGCAAGGGGCUUGGUCGCGAUGGUGUCCUGGAGAGCCUGCAGUUCGCACUGCGCAAGGCGCGCGGCGAGCGGGAUGCGGAGGUGCGGGAGGCGGACACGCUAUUCAACCAGCUGCAGGACGCCAAGGCUGCAGAGCAGGAGCUACGAGAGCUGCGCGCCGCGCUGACGCAGGCGCUGCUCGGGCUGGAGGACGAGUGGAGCGCUGUGCCAUUGCUGGCGGAGGAAAUGCGCAGGAUGCGGGCGCGUGCUGCUUCAGGCAUGCUGGAUCCGACACAGCUGAACCAGGCGGACCUGAACACGCUGCUGCGUGGGCUGGCCGCUAUAGGCAAACAGGGCGUGCAGCUGCAGGCAGAGCUCCAGGCAUUGCGUGGCGAGAAGGCUGCCCUCACCACAGCGCUGGAUGCUGCGCACGGCCAGCUGCAGGAGCUGCAGGCGCAGAACGAGCAGCUCCAGCAGCGGCCUGUUGCGUCCACAGUUGGGUCGCCUGCGCGCAGCGCUCUGCCCGUCGUGGCAGGGCCGCAAGGUUCGGGUGCUAGCGCAACUCCGGCCGAAGCGCCGACCGAGGCACUGGCUGAGGCUGCGGGGCUGCGGGCGCAGGUGCAGGAGCUGAGUGCCAAGCUGGCCGAGUACAGAUCGUACCUGGAGGACAACCAGCAGGAGAUUGAGGCGCUGCAGGGCGAGAUUCAACGGCUGCAGGCUUCUGCCAACAACAGCUCGCAGCACCUGCACAACCGAGGCGGCCGCAGUCAUCACGCCUCACAAGUGGGACAGAGCCAGUUCCCGACCCACCAGGCUCAGCACCAGCACCCUCAACAGCAGCAGCACCAUGGCAGGCACUCGAAUGGUGUCGUUGACGCAAUGAAGGCUGCGUCCUCUCAGCCGUUGCACGCCAGUCAGCAUCCCACGCUCCAGCCGCUGCCGCCGCACGUGCCUCCGCAGGCAGUGCACGGCACACCCACGCGCCACCACCCCUCCAGCAGCUCGCCCAUCAGCACUGUGAACUACGCCUCGCCACCACCGCACGUGGCCUUUGGAGGUGGCAGCGCGUCGGUGGGCGCCAUCUCGCCGUCGCAGUUGCACCAGCAGCAGGUGGCGGCCGACAUUGCCGUCAAGGUGGCUGAGCUGCAGGAGCUCGCGGUGCGGGUACAGCGGCAAGCCGCGGAGCGGGAGGCGGAGCUGGCGGCGGCCCACGAGUCCGAGCUGGCAGCGCUGCGCUCGGCACUGGAAGCGGCGCAGGAGGCGGCGCAGCAGGAGCUGGAGGCGGUGCGUGGCGCGCUGGUGACCCAGCACGUGCAGGACCGGCGACAGCUGGAGGCACGCCUGCGGGCGGCAGCGGAAAAGCAGAUCCAGGAGCGCGAGGCGGCGCUGGCAGCAGCACACAGCCAGGCCCUGUCAGAGCUGUAUGCCCAGCUGGCGACGCUGGCGCAGCAGCACGUGGCGGCGCUGGCGGAACGGGAGGCAGCGCUGGCGACGCAGCAUGCGCAGGCGCUGGCGGGGGUGGAGGCGCGCCUGGGCGACCUGCAUGUGGAAGCUGUGGGGGCGCAGGCCGCCGCGGCGGCGCAAGCACUUCACGAGCAGGCCGCGAGGCUGGAGGCGCAACACGCGCAGCAGCUGCGUGAGCUGGAGGAGCGGCUAGUGGCGGUCGCAAAGCGACAGGCGGAGGAGCUAGAGCAGCGCGUGAACCAGCAGCAUGCCGAGGCCGCCACUCAGCGCGAUGCUGAGGUGCGGCGGCGGCAUGCGGAGCGGCUCGCAGAGCAGGCGGCGCAGCUGGCACGUCUGCACGCUGACCAGGCUGCGGCGCUGGGCAUGCAGCACGCUGAGGCGCUGGCAGACCGCGAGGCCGAACUCACUCGUUUGCAUUCGGAGGCCUUGGCGCUGCGUGAGGCGACGCUGCUGGCGGAGGCUGAAAAGCAGUGGAGGGAGCGGGAGGCGGAACUGCGGGAGGCCUUCGCUGCAGAGGUGGUUGAGCGUGAAGCGCGGCUCGCCGCCGCGCAGGAGGAGCAGGCGCGCGCUACGGUGGAGGAGCUUGGGCGGCUGCAGGCCGCGGUGGCGGAAGCUGCGGCGAGGGAGGCAGCGCUGGCGUCACAACUACGCGAGGCAGUGCGCGAGGCGCAAGCACAGGCGGAGCAGGCUCUCAGGGUGCAGCUGGAGGAGGUUGCUGCGGCAGCAGAGGCAGAGGCUGCUGCUCAGGCUGCUGCCGCGCACAAUGCCAUGCUCGCUGCGGAAGCGGAAAAGCAUCAGUCAGAGCUUGCAGCGCAAAGAUCGCAGCUGCUUGCGGAUGCAGAGUCGUGGCAAGCCGCAGCAACCGAGCAGCUGGAGAACGCGAACACAGCGCUGCAAAUGCGCAUUGCAGAGCUUGAGUCAGAGCUGUCGCUGCUACAGCAGCAGCUGGAGGAGCGGCCGAAGGAGGCCGAGUCGGCUGCGGCAGCUCAGCAGGCUCAGGAGCUGCAGGCUGCGGUUGGGUCGGUGGAGCGUCAGUAUGUGGAGAUGGUGGCGCGGCUGGGCCGAGAGCACGAGAAGUCUGCCGCGGAAUCACGGGCCGCUGCGCAGCUGCGUGAGGCCAACCUGGACAAGGUGGUGGAGCGCCACGCGCGGGAGGCGGCUGAGGCGCGGCGCGAGGCGGCCGAGGUGAAGCGCAUGGCCGCAGAGCGCGUGGGCGAAAUGCAGGACCAGAUGGCGGAUUUGCAGUCGCUGCUGGACCGGGAGCGGCGGGCUGACGCCGCAGCCGCGGCGUCCGCGACUGAGCAGCUCGACCUGAUGGAGGGGGAGCUGAGGGCGCUGCGGGGCCGGGAGGAGGCACUGCAGCGGGAGGUCGUGCCGCUCAGGGAGGAGGUGCGCCGAUGCAGGUGGCUAGUGCGGGACACGCAGACGGACCUGUCCGACAUGGAGCAGGAGCUCGCCCGCUACAAGGCCGCCGCCUCACCGCCCGUGUCGCCGGGAUCAGCAGCCGCGCCAGGGCCAGCGCACAGUCCGCAGGAGCGCCGUGCGGUGCCGGCUAGCCCCACCGCCUCAUCUUCGUCGCCUGCGGCAAGGCAGCAGCAGCAACAGGAGAGAGCACCGGGCCAUGACAGCUCGCCAGCCACGCGUAACGUGGCCGGCAUCGGUGCAGCACUACCUGCAACGGACGCUGCGAGCACGCCCGGGAUGCCAUCGGAAGCCUCGGGAGCAGAGGAACGGGUUGGAUCAGGAGAUCAGCAAGCCAGAGCCUCGCCCACCGCGUGGGCGGACGGAGAGUCAGUGGCAUGGCCAUCGCCGCAGCGGCCGACCCCUUCACGCCUUCUUGCAGCAUCCUCUGCCGCUGGCUUGCAGGGCACAACCACGGCUGACGCGUCUCGUCCGGCUGCGCUGACGCCCAUCCCGCUGCCGCUGCCGCCGCCACCUCCGACGGGCACGCCGCUGUUCGCCCAGGCGCACGAACAGACACCCGUCCUCAGCCAGGGCUUCCAGCAGCAACAGCAGCAACAGCAGCAACAGCACUGGGACCCGCGCGUCUCGGAGCCGGACCUCGCAGCGAAGCUUGUGCGCGUGCUCAGAGCUGGAUCUGGCGGCGGUGCGGAGGACAGCCCUGAGAAGGAUGAAGAGGACAAGGUGUCGCCCGUUGACGGCAAGCGGAGCUCCAAGCGGCGCUCGGCUGCUGCGCCGCGUCGGGCGCUGCUCAGCGAGGGAGGACCAGCGGUGGGCGGCAAGCCCGCAUCCGCGGGUGGCGCCAGCAGCUUCUGGCCAUGGGCGACGCCGCAGGCGUUCUCGCGGCCCGCAGCCGUCACUGCACAGGCCGGCACUGACGCGGCUGGUGCCAGCGCUACGGUUGCGUCGGCGUCCGGCCCGCCGCGACCGAUGCGGAGGAUGACGGCGGACGACAUACCAUCGGGCUGGGACGGCUCUGCCUACGCCACGGCCUCUCUUGUCGACUGGCGCAGCGCCGACCUGGUGCAGCGCCCGCCCACCAUUAGCACAGCUGAUGCCGGCACAUCCGGCCCUUCUCACCCGCCUGGCAGCGAGUUGGCUUUGACCGCUCCUGUUGAGGCGGGUGGCGCUGGGCAGCAUAACACCCAGCAGUUGGGCGUGCUGAGCGAUGAGGAGUGGGGCGACUUGCGGGGCGCAUCGCCGCAGCGCUCGCCAGUGCCACAUCCGGCCGACGCAACACCUGCCGCCUCCCCUUCGCGCGAGGCCAAGCAGGCCGGAGGCAGCGGCAGCGUCUCGCCGGUGGCCUCCGUCAGCACCACGUCUUCCUACAACUCCAACACUGAGUUGUGCUUUGUAGACGAGGACGAGGAGGAUGCAGAGGCGCAGCAGCGCGUGCUGGCGGCGGCUCUGGCCGAGUCACGUCGCGUCAGUAUGGCGGAAGGGCAGCUGCCAGAGGCGCCGCCGCUGCCGCCGGCUUUGGUUGAGAUUCAGCAGCGCCGCAUGUCCGUGAGUGGCAGCACUGGAGAGGCGGCGGCAGCGGGUGCGCGGGUGUCGCUGAGUGGAGUUGCCCCCAGCAGUUCUUUGCGGGGACGAGCUGUCGCGACAGCUUCCUCAGGGGGCGGGGUUGCUGGUGGCAACGCCAGGUCAGUCCUCCCAGCAAACGUGCGCAGACAAGGCGACCGUGCCGCGCCACGACCAGACGAGGAGUGCAGCGGCGACAGCAUCGGCGAAGCCGAGCACUCGCACCGCAUCCGGCAAGCGGCUCAGUCAGCCUGGACACACAGCGGCAGUCGAGAGGGGAAGGAGGGGGACCCGGACCAGGAGCAGCAGGAAGAGCCAGCGGACUUUGAUAUGGAGGCAACCCUGUCAAGCUCCUUUGCCGCGCUUGUCAUCCGGCAAGCUCGGGAAACCGGCUCCAGGGCAGGUGUGGCAGCGGCCGGCGCUUUGCACACUGUGGAGGACGAGGAGGAGGAUACGGACGCCGAGGAGGCCGAAGCUCAAGGGGGCGAGGAAGAGGCGGAAAAUGAGGAGGGCAAGGAUUGUUUAGACGAGGAUGGGGACGGGGACCAGCACUACGGCGGCGGUCGCGGUCGUGGCGGCGGCGGCGAAGGCAGUACCAGUGAGCAUGACAGCUACAGCUACAGCGGGGAUGGGCGUGGGCAUGGGCAUCAGCAGGAGCCUGGGACGCAGGAGGAUGGCCUUGACAUGGAGGCGACCCUGACUGGACCCCUCCCGGCGCUGCCGCCAGGCGUCCUCUUGCAGCACGGCAGCGGCGGCAGCGCCGACGGCGACGGGGCUGCGAGCGGCCAGCCACCGUCGGGAGCUGAGGACAACACCGGCACGCCUGCUUACGGCCGUGCAGGGUCAUUUGACUUCGUGGCCGGCAGCCGCCGCAAUGGCCUGCCCGCUCAGGCAGCGGAGGCCAGCAGAAGCGCGGUUUCCAGCGGCGGCAGCGCCCCCGGCCCGUCCCCGCUUGGUCUGGUGGACACUGCGCCAAUGUUAGGAGAGUGUGAGGAACAGCAGCUUGCCGGGCAAGAAGAGUACGACCAAACAGGCCGCCGCGCUGCUACCAGCAGCCAUUUCCCUGCAGAGCGUGGCCAAGAUGCUGGCCCGUGCUCCGGGCUUUCCAGUCCCAACUACAGUCGCGGCGGCGCCGCAGAUAACUCCGCACCGCAGUCCUCGGCGGGCUCUGUGCAGCCACACGCGCAGGACGGCACCGAGGAGGUUUGGCGCAUCUGGGGCGGCGGCGUCAGCGCUGGUGGCGGCGAUUACGAUACCGGUGAAGGCCUUGGGUGCGGCCUGACAGGCGAGCCGACCGGCAGCAGCCUGACGUCCACGUCUUACCCCAGCCCCAACAGCCGCAACCAUCACCACCAUACACAGCAGCUCCAACGCAGUCCCGCCACUGCAGGCGUCGCUGGCGGCUCCCAUGCGUUGCAGGCUGCAACAGCAACCAGCACACCCGCUCUGGCUGCCUCUACUUCUCCUCAGUUGCAGCAGCAUGGCGGCUCCCCGCCGCCGCGCAUGCGCUCAAGUGAUGGGAUCGGCAGCUUCCGCCUCUCGCCCGGGGUGUCGCCACACAGCCAGCAGCAGCAACAGCAGCCGUGGUACCGCAGCUCUGUGACCGCUGUGCCGCUGAUGACGCCGAACCCGCUGUUUGAGGAUCGCGGCAGUGCACGGAGCGGGGUCUUUGCCGGAAGUGAGCCUUCGCCACCUUGGAGUGCCGCAGACUGGAGUGCCGCCGGCGGCUCCGCCCAACACCCGGCGGCUGACGACGCUCCAUCCAUGCCAUCCACACCUGGGAGCGUGUCAAGUCCAGCCAGCGCCGGCAGCGUGAACAGCCCUGGCGCUGCCCCGGCCGGCCCCCCCUCAGGCCGGGCCGCCGGCGGUCGGGCGACGAGUGGCAGUUCGGACAGCGAGGAGGGGCUGGCGGCGAGCGAUGGCGAGGCGGACGGCUUGCAUGCGGAGGAGAUGGACUUGGAGGGCAACGAGGGCUUGACAGAAGCGGAAGAUGAUGGCGAGGCGGUCGUUGCGCUGCGAACUUUGCGUACUUCCGGCACCCCCAUGCUCGGCGACGGCACAGGUCAGCCGGGCAUUGACACGGGCGCUCCUAGCCGCUACAGUGGGGCGCCGGCUGCGAUCCCGGGCAGCCCUGGGCUGCUGGUCCGGCAGCGCAGCGGCAAGCGCAGCAUGCAGGGCCGUGAAUCAGGCGGCCUGAGCCCGACGACAACAGCUGCAGCUGAGAUGCAGAGACGUGACCGCCGCUCAUCGGACCGGUUGGCACGCGGUGGCCAUGUCCCCAGCAGCUGGGCGGCGUCGGACGCGGCGGCUCCGCAAGGCAGCAGUGGGCCCCCUGUGGCAGCAGACGAAGCGGCCGAGACACGUAGCCUGCUGGCGGCGGGCGCCUCGUUGGGCAGCAGUGAGUUGCGCAAGCGCCAACGCCGGCGAAUGGGUGAUUUCCCUUCCCCGCUGGCUCUGUCAUUUGCGCUGGACAGCCCGUUGGACGCGGGUCUGCUCACAGGCAACGCUACUCCUGCCGCUGGAGUGGCACGGCAGCCAGCGGUCUCGCCAGCACCCAUCUCAGGCCCUGCGCAGGUCAGUGAAUCACAACCAGGGCCUGUCGCCACCUCGCCUGCGUCGCCCUUCGACCCGCUGCGCCAGAGCUGGGAGUUCUCCUGCGGCGUCGCCACGCCCCUGUCUCCAGGCCACCGCAGCCGUGUGCAAGGCCACGUGGUGGGGCACAGCGCUCCCCGGGGCUACCACCAGCACUGCGCCGCGUCGCCGAAUGCAGCGCAUUCCCCGUCGCAGCCCGCUCGCGCCGCCGCGCAGCCCGGUUUUGCAAGGCUUUCUGCUGACAGUGCCGCCACGACAGGCACCCGUGGGGCCGGCGUGGGUGCAGGCCCUGCGCCCAGUCGUCUCCAUCCGGGCACUCCCGGUGUGCCGCAGGCGAGCACUCCCGGCGCGCAGCUGCCACCGCCAGUGCCACUGCCAGCAAGCGCUGCAGAGGCGCGGGCGCGCGGCCGCGAGGUUCUAGGUCGAGUGAUGGGUCGCGUGGCCUCGCUGCAGGGCCUCUGCGCACACCUGUCGCCUGCAGCAAGCGGUGCCGCGACUCCGAUGGUCGCCUCCAUGCCAGGGAGCGCGAACGCCACGCCGCGUCGCUCGGCAAGCUCCUUGAGCGGGACACCUGCGCCGGUGCUACAGGGUUCUGUGAUCAGCUCCAUCUCUGCGGGCGCACCGCCUGCCGACACUGCUGCGGCAGCAGGUGGUGCUCCGGCCGCUAGCAUCACCACCGUCACACCCGAGAUCAUUCGCCAGCUGCUGGCCCGCCACCCGCAACAGCAGCACACGCUGCAUCAGCAUCAGCCGGCGCUGCCCCAGUCACCUCUGCUGGCGCCUGACGACCCCGACCUGGUUGCGGGCGUGGUGGGGGCGCUGGAGGAGCUGCGCACCGACCUCUUCGAGCUGGAGAAGCUGCACCAGCUGGCACGGCUGCCGCAGCCCGGGGCAACAGGCGCCGGCCGCCAGCCCUCUGCAGCCGGCGCGCCGAUUUCGGCGGAAGCGGCUGUGGUCGCUGGACGCGCUGGCCACGGCACUGCCGCUGCGCCUUCGGAGCCUGGCGCCAGCGCCGCGAGGCAGCAGCCAGCGGCCUCAUCACUGCUGCCCCCGGGUUCCCCCAUGCUUGCGCCCCCCGCCGUUUUCGGUGCAAGCACACCGGCUGCUCCCGAAGGCAUCACCGCCCCGGCCGCCGCGGCCACUGCCACGCCAGGCGGCAAUGCGGACCCCGUGCUGAUGGCCGCGCUGGCGCAGACGGUGCAGUCGCAGCUGGCCGGUCAGCUGGGCGCCCUGCAGGCCAAGAUUGCAGACCUGCAGCGACAGAACCAGACCUGCAUGCAGCGGGGGGGCGACGGAGGCUGUAGCCCAGCGUCUGGCGCCAGCACCGCCUACGCGACGCCCAUGCUGCGUGCAGCCACUGGGCCGGCUGCCAGCACCGGGGCGGCCUCCGCGGCGCCUGGCGCAAGCCCGAUUCAGCAGCUGCUUGACCUGCUGACACCAACCUCGGCCGCUCCCGCGGCUGCGGCCUCCACCGCCGCACCAGCUGCGGAGACGGCUGGCGGCAUGUCGGCGGCACAGCCGCCCACGCGUACCCCGCUCCAUCCGUUCUCACUGGUGGCCGUGGCCUCAGCAGCAGCUUCGGGCGUGGAGCGGGGCGCUGCAGCGGCGGCCGCUGCCACAGCUGCUCCAUUUGGCGGCACUUCAGCUGGGGCCACACCGAUGGCGGCACCGGCGUGGGGCGGCAUCCUGGCACCGCCAGUGCCGCACUCCUUCACAUCCGAGCCGCGCACCCCGUUGAUGAGCUCGCUCAGGAGCCCAGCCAAUGCACAGCCGGCUGCGUACGGCGGUGCGGCAUCUGCAACCCCCAUGCCAUCAGCACAGCAGGCUGCAGCGGGACAUGCGCCUGGGGUCAGCACGCCGCCGCCGCUCUCUGGCUCAGUGCAAGUGGGACAUAGUGGUGCCGUCCUGUGGGCCAACGCCCCGCCCGUCACACCUGCAGCAGCGGGAGUGGUGCCGUGGGCAUCUUUCGCCACGCCUGUGCAGCACGGGGUGCCCAGCACCGGCGGCAGCCGGAGCAGCGGCCCGCCCUCCACUGGCACCUACAGCAGUACUUCGCCCCAGCAGCAGCACACCUCCAUGAGCCUGUACCCUUUCGCCUUCGGUCACGGCGGGCCCGGUUCGGGGGCAGGAGGGUCAGCAGGCGCGCAUGGCGGUAGCGAGCCGGCCUGGUCAGGCUCCGGCGGUGGCACACAUGGGGCUGGCAUGCUACCGGGGCAUCGGGCUAUGCCGCAUCAGCCCUACAGUCCAGAGGAGUUGUCACAUUUGCCGCCAGGCGUGCAGCUCUUUGCGCCGCCGCAGCUUCGCGCAGCUGCCGUCGCAGUGGCCACGAACAGCCGGCAGCACCCAUGGCAGCAGGCGCAGCCUCAAAGCCUGCCGGGUUUGGGAAGAGAGGUGUAGUCGCUCGUAGCAAAAAAAAUAGAGAGGCAAGCGAUGAGCGUAGUGUACAGUGGGUUUGGGGUGUAUCCUUUUAUGGUGGGAGGCUCAGGCGGUGACAUCUACCGUACUUGGACAUCACCCCUGAUGGGAAUGGACAUUGAGGUUGGGUUAAACGGACGUGCAUUGCCGCAACCGGCAUGAUUACGUGAUUACGGUACAACACUGUGCGCUGUUGGGUAUGCCAACCUCCCCAACGGAGGCGUGCAGGUGUAAGUGCCGUCGCCCCCUGAUAGCGAGCCAGUGUCCCGCGGGCUCAUGCGGUUGCGCCGGCCGUGUCUGUUCACGUGUGCGGUACGGUAUGCAUAUACACAACAGCUAUUCUGCUGUGGCAAUCAUGGUAGCCUGCUCAAAGGGGCACUGUUACGACGGUGCUAAUGUCAGGCAUCUGGCUUCUUGGAUACCCUCAGUGGCCCGGUCGGCUGGACAGUGACACUCAGAGGAGUCGCCUGGUGACAAUGCGCUGGUGUGU